AUGGUUCCAUCCUUUGCUGCUGUUGCUGCUGCUGCUCUGACGGCAGCAGCUCCAUCGCUGCUGUGGCGGGCAGUGGAGAGCAGAGCGCCAGCAGCAGCAGCAGCAGCAGCAGCAGCAGCAGCAGCAAGUGCUCCUGCCUCACGACGAGUCCUCCCCGCGAGUUUCCUCUCCAGCACGUGGAGCAGGCCCACUGCAGCAGCAGCAGCAGCAGCACGAUGGCAGCAGCAGCAGCAGCAGCUUCGCAGCUUCUCUGAUGGUCCCAGCUGGGCAGAAGAAUUUGUUAUGAAGGCAAAGGGAGAAGGCCCUCUGGCUCCUUUGUACUUUGAUGCUUACUGUUUAGUGGUUGCUGACGGCGUGGGGGGCUGGGAGUCUUCUGGGAUCGAUCCCGGGCUGUAUUCGAAGGAGUUGGUUAAGAGGAUAGCAGCAGCCGUAGCAGCAGGAGGCUCUGCUGCUCUUAACCCUUUUGUUGCUAUGAAGAAGGCCUACUUAGCUACCCACGCCAUUGGCUCCUGCACUUGCUGCUUGGUGCUGCUUGACUGGGAAAAGAGAACCAUCAACGCGGCCAACUUGGGGGACUCAGGCUUCCUGCUCUACCGGCCGUCGAAGAAGGGCAUCACCAGCCGUAGCGCGUUUCAGAUCCACGGCUAG